AUGGAAUCCUCAAAUGGAAAUACUCCUUUAUCGGAGGAUAUGAAUAAGCCUCCUGAGGGCUUGGUGCGUCCUCCCAAGGAUAUUCAAGCUAUCGUCGAGAAGACCGCCGGCUACGUUGCUCGAAAUGGACCGGUCUUUGAAGAUCGUGUCCGUGACAAGGAAAAGAAUAACCCGAAAUUCUCCUUCCUCAACGCCGGCGAUGCCUACGCGCCAUUUUAUCAAUGGCGUCUGACAGAGAUCAAAGACGGCCGAGGGACAUCAAUUGCUGCGGGACGAGCGGGCGAGGCUACUGCUGCCGCUGAACCUGAAAUGCCCAAGGGCCCCCCCGAGCCGCCCGCAUUCCAUUUCUCUGCGCGCAUGCCAAUUAGCCAUGCGCAGGAUCUUGAGGUGGUCAAACUCACUGCACUAUUUGUCGCCAAACGAGGCAAAUCCUGGUUGACCGCACUUUCGCAACGGGAAGCACGGAACCCUCAAUUUGAGUUCUUACGACCCUUCAAUAGUCUCCACCAGUUUUUCACCCGGCUGGUCGAUCAGUACACCAUUCUGCUGCGACAAGAAGGCAUUGAUGAAACAACUACAGAGAAGAAGCGCAUUGAGGAAUUGGAGAACAGCGUGAAGAACAAGUACCAUGUUCUGGAGCGCGCCAAGCAGCGCGCCGAGUGGGUGAAGCAUCAAGAGCUACAGAAACAAGAGAAGGAAGAAUUAGAGGAGCAAGAACGAAUCGAGUAUGCUCAGAUUGACUGGCACGACUUUGUGGUCGUGGAGACAGUCGUGUUUACCGAGAGCGACGAGCACGAUGAUUUGCCGCCCCCGACUUCGCUCAAUGACCUGCAGUCUGCUUCAUUGGAACAGAAAGCCGCCAUGUCUCUUAACCCACUGCGCAUUGAAGAGGCCAUGCCCACUGAUCUCGAUGCUCCCACCUACUACAACGCCUCUCCCGCCCAGCCCCAGCCCGUUUACGCACCGCAACCCUCCGUUUCCCCAUACCCAGCACAAUUCCAAGCCCCAUACCCACAACCCGCAGUGGACUACAAUGCACAGUACCCACAUGCACUACCGAUUCAAGCGCAGCAAGCCCGUCCUGAAAUUCCAGCCCCAGCCCCAGCUCCAGCUGUCCCGGGUCAACCCGCUAUACGCAUUCGCUCCGAUUAUGUCCCACGUGCCCAGGCCCGUCGCCAACAAGGUGCCACCGCAAUCUGCCCGAACUGCCAUCAGCAGAUCCCCGUUGCGGAGCUGGACGAGCAUGUUCGUAUCGAGCUUCUUGACCCGCGGUGGAAGGAACAGCGCGCCAAGCAAGAGGCGCGUAGUGCCACCACCAAUCUUUCUACUGCCGACGUUGUCAAUAAUCUCAAGCGACUGGCCAGUCAACGCAGCGAUGUCUUCGACUCUUCGCUUGCACCUGGUAUGGACCCCGAGGAAGAAGCUCGCCGCAAGCGUAUGGCUCUUGGUGGUGGUCUGCCAGAUGCCCCGCUUCCUCCUGGCGUUGGUGCAAUCCCGGGUCAGCCCAUUGGUCCCCCUGGUGUGCACAACCCUCAAAAUAUGAAUAUUGAAGACCAGAUCCGACAAAUUCAUCAACGGGCCCGGCAAUGA